CCUGCCGAUCCCUUUUCCUUGCCUUUUCUUCCGUUCCCUUGGUGUUUCGCGACUCUCUUGCGGGGAUUCGCUUCCUGCGGCUGAUGAAUUGUGCCUCGAGAUUGAUCCGACCUAAAAUCUCAUACUCCAUAUUCCAACGGGAAGUGUAUCACCUUUUCAAUCUGUUGUACUCCGUAUUUGCUGGUCAACUCUUCUUCCUCACCUUACAGUUGCUUGUUUCUCUCCUCUUUCGCUUCAGUCUUCGUAUCCGUCGUCAUUGUCCUCAUUCUCUUUGACAUUGUACCUUUCGUCACUCGUGUUUCUCAGUACUAUCGACCACCCGAGUCACUCCUCGCACUCUUUCGGGCUCUUAAUAUUCACCUUCGUACACUUCCUGGUCACUUCAACCUCGUCGACAACCACGAGUACAUCCUUUCGUUCGAUAAAUCUAUCUUCGCCGUUGUAUACAAUACACCAAUUACUUGCGCCGCUUUGGCGCGUACUACCCUCCACCUCUUCAUCGCCUACGACAUCUCUUCACCAUGCGUCUUUCACCUCUUCUAUGCCUGGCGCCUCUCGCCGCGGCCAUUACCCUCGAUACCAGUUCGGUGUCCUCCAUCGAAUCAGCCACCUCGGGCGUCGCCUACGAUAUGAUGACAUUUUAUACUGGUAAUCAGACUGGUCAAGUACCGGGACUGCUUCCUGGAUCCUUGAACUGCAAUCCCAACGUUCUUGGGACAUACUGCUGGUGGGAAGCCGGGGCCAUGUGGGGGGCGUUGAUAAACUACUGGCAAUACACAAAUGAUACGACCUAUAACAAUGUGACCAUUGAUGCACUGCAGUUCCAACGAGGGCCCGACAACAACUACAACCCUCCUAACCAGUCAAGAAGUAUGGGUGUCGAUGACCAGGUAUUUUGGGCCUUUUCUGCUCUGGACGCCGUCGAGGCAAACUUUCCCGAAGCAGGAGGCGACAAUCCAUCUUGGUUGUCUCUUGCUCAGGCCGUUUUCAACUUUCAAUAUGACCUGUGGGACCCCUUGACCUGCGGAGGUGGUUUUAGAUGGCAAGUUUUCUCCUUCAACGCCGGAUAUAACUUGAAGAACUCAAUCUCCAACGGAGGCAAUUUUCAACUGGCUGCGCGCCUCGCCUAUAUCACAGGCAACUCGAGUUAUGCGGACUGGGCGAACAAAGUUUGGGACUGGAUGGAAGCGAGCCCGCUGCUACAAACCGACGCCAACACGGGGACGUUCUAUAUUUGGGACAAUACCGACAGUAACGACAACUGCACCAGCGUCCAAAACUUUGUCUGGAGUUAUAAUUACGGUACCAUGCUCUCCGGCGCCGCCUACAUGUAUAACUACACCAACGGAAGCGAUCUCUGGAUGAACCGUGUCGAGACCAUUUUGAACAGCACAUAUUCUCUCUUUUUCCCGCAGCAAUACGGCGGCAAUAUCAUGUACGAAUUGGAAUGCGAGAAAUCUCUAAACUGCGACGAAGAUCAAAAGAGUUUCAAGGCAUACCUUGCCAGAUGGAUGGCCGUCACCAGUAUCCUCGUUCCUAACACGGCAGCCGGCAUCAAACCCAAAUUGGCCGCCAGUGCCGCCGGUGCUGCAGGCCAAUGCGACGGAGGAGACAAUGGUCGAUCGUGCGGUUUGCAAUGGUUUACGCAGACAUGGGACGGCACCACUGGAGUGGGUCAACAGAUGGCUGCAUUAUCAGUCAUGGGAUCCAAUUUGAUGACAGAGAGCAUGCGGCCUCUUACCUUGAGAACGGGAGCGACCUCCAAGAGCAACCCCAAUGCCGGCUCAGAUGCCCCUAGCAACCCAACCGCCAACCGGAAACCCAUCACGACCGCCGACAGAGCCGGAGCCGGCAUCCUUACGAUUUUGAUGGUUGUCAUUGUCGUCGGAGGUAGUGCUUGGUUGGUAUACUAAGACACUAUCCCGCCACCAAUGAGGUGCUCUCACUGUUUUUGGUUUGCAAGAAUUUACGAUACACCUACAAGGAAAUGUUUACGCACCGGAUCACUGGGGGGUUUUGGUUGCCGGCGUUCUUGCUUUGGGGUAUAGGUAUUGUAGUAGCUUAUAACAAGCACAUCGGAAGCUCGAAAUGACGCAGUCAAACUCUCUCGAAAUGGCAAGCCGCCAACGACCCAUCUACUAUACAGCAGACGAAAAUUUGGACGUAGAGCUGGAGUAUUUCUGGCUGAGCAGUGUCGAGAGAAGCUUAUAUGUAUGUCAUCGACAGCAUCUAGCUCAGUCUUUUGGUUUGUCGAGUCCGGUAUCUGAUCUGUGCAGGCCACAGCCGUGAGAGAGAGAGAGACAGAGAGAGAGAGAGAGAGAGAGAGAGAGAGAGAGAGAGAGAGAGAGCUAUAUCUUACCAUAUCUGCCCUAGGUAGGGCAAACCAGGGCAAUGUACAGCAUUUGGGAAGGCGUUUCAUUUAUGAUGGGGGACUUAUCUUAUGGACUAUGAAUUGGCGAAAUACCUUCGAAAAAUAUGAAGGGUUGACGUGCUUUGAUAUAUGUACGUCAGGACAUGAAAACAAGGAGACUCCAGCGAGUCGAGAAGGAUUGUUCAAAAUAGAAAUGGACAUAUUAUGCAUCUCUG